UCCGAACCCGCAAAACCACAACCACAGACAGCCCACGCAAUGCGGUCUUCGCGGGUCUCAAAGGACACAUCCAAACUCUUCGAGCGCGCCUCCGAAAUCGUCGCACCCCGGCGCGUCACCCGGUCUCUCUCCCGCUUCUCCUACGCCGGCGCUGGCGCCCUCAUCAAGAGUGGCACCCCCGACAUUGAAGAUGCCGUGCCCCCAGCCAAGCGACGCCGCAUCGACAGCGACGAUGGUGACGACGCACCGGUCGUCAAGGUCAAGGCCGAGACGCUCGAGGAGGCGCUAACCGCUAUCCCAUCGCCGCCGCCCAAGCCGAAACCGAAGCCGAAGCGCGAACGCAAGCCCGCGCGCAAGACGACCGAUCCGGACACGGGCGAGGCGACCGUCGCCCCGCCGUCCGACUGGGAGGACAUUUACAAUACCGUCAAGAAGAUGCGCCAGCCGGGCGGCAUCGCGCAUGGCGCCGCGGUGGACACCAUGGGAUGCGAGCGGCUGGCUGACCGCAACGCCUCGCCGAAGGACCAGCGGUUCCACACGCUCGUUGCGCUCAUGCUGUCCAGCCAGACCAAGGACACGGUCAACGCCGUCGCCAUGCAACGGCUGAAGACGGAGUUGCCUGCACACAAACCGGGUGCGCCGAUCGGCCUGAGCCUCGACAACAUGCUGGCCGUGGAUCCCAAGCUCCUCAACCAGAUGAUUUGGGCCGUCGGCUUCCACAACAACAAGACCAAGUACCUGAAGCAGGCCGCGGUCAUACUCCGCGAUAAGUGGGACGGCGACAUCCCCGACACAAUCGAGGGCCUCAUGUCCCUGCCGGGCGUUGGCCCCAAGAUGGCCUACCUCUGCAUGUCGGUCGCGUGGGACCGCACCGAGGGCAUCGGCGUCGACGUGCACGUGCACCGCCUCACCAACCUCUGGGGCUGGAACAAGACCAAGUCGCCCGAGGAGACGCGCCACUCGCUGCAGUCGUGGCUCCCCCGCGACAAGUGGCGCGAGAUCAACUGGCUGCUCGUCGGCUUCGGCCAGGCCGUGUGCCUGCCCGUCGGGCGCCGCUGCGGCGACUGCGAUCUCGGCGCCCAGGGGCUCUGCAAGGCGGCCGACAGGAAAAAGGUCGCAGAGGGCCGGAGGAUCAAGGGGGAGGAGGAGGUCAAGGUUGAGAAGGUUGAGGUGCAAGAAGCGAGCGAGUUCUUUUGAUUUGAGGGAUGCGGCUCCCAUGCCAUUCUGCAGGGUCCAUACCAGAGUACUCGUAUACUGUUUGUGCUUGUCUCCAUGCAACACAUUUCGCCCUCGCUGGCUGGUGAAGGGGACUUUCCCCAAAGGAAAACCUACGAAAGUAGGCCCGCACUGUUCCAAAUAGC